ACUCACUUUGCUCUCUCUCUCUCUCUCUCUCUCUCGCUGUGUGUAUAUGUGCGUGGGAUCAACAGUGCGUUAGCAAAAGGAGAUCCCACCAUCAAAUAAACCCCUCGAAAUAUCUCCAUAUUGCUCAGACACCCAAAACACAAGUUUAAGCAAAAAGAAACAAAGAUGGUUGCGGCGGAGACACCUGAAAAGUACCCGACAAUGCCAGAGGUGCUGGAGGAGCUAAAGAGACUGACAGGCAUAGGCUUCCCUGUAGCGGCCAUGAGCUUUGUGGGCUAUCUGAAAAACAUGAUCUUAGUCAUGUACUUGGGAAGGCUGGGAAGCCUAGAGCUCGCCGGCGGGGCUUUAGCCAUUGGCUUCACCAACAUCACCGGCUACUCGGUCCUCUCGGGGCUGGCCAUGGGCAUGGAGCCCCUUUGCAGCCAGGCCUUUGGCUCACGAAACUUCUCCAUCCUAUGCCUUACUUUACACAGAACAAUUCUCAUGUUACUUCUGGCUUCAUUCUCCAUCGCUUUGCUAUGGAUUAACCUGGAACCUCUCAUGCUUAGCCUCCACCAAAACCCAGAUAUAACCCGAAUCGCUAGCCUAUAUUGCCGCUUUGCUAUCCCGGAUCUUAUUGCUAACAGCCUUAUUCAUCCUCUUCGUAUCUACCUGCGUAGUAAAGGGAAAACAUGGCCUUUGAUGUGGUGCAAUUUAUUAGGAGUCACUCUGCACGUUCCCAUCACCAUCUUCUUGGCCUUCACUCUCCGUCUUGGGGUAAAAGGAAUAGCAAUUUCGACUUUUGUAACCAGUUUCAACAUCCUUUUUUUCCUAUUGUGUUACACUGUCUACACUCGCACCCCUGAAGAGCCUUUGUACAUGCCACUCUCAAAGCAAUCUUUCCCACUUUCUUCUUCACCAGGGGAGGAAUGGGGGGUGCUGCUUCGAUUUGCAAUACCAAGUUGUCUGGCUGUUUGUUUAGAGUGGUGGUGGUACGAGUUCAUGACAAUUUUAGCAGGUUACCUCCACAAUCCUCGAGUGUCACUCGCAACAUCGGCCAUAGUAAUACAAACCACGGCUCUCAUGUACACAUUGCCAACAGCACUCAGCGCAUCGGUGUCAACUCGUGUAGGGAACGAGCUGGGAGCAAACCGGCCGGAGAGGGCCCGCCUGGCAACAAAGGUGGCGAUAGGGUUGGCCCUAGUGAGUUCUCUAGUGGGUUUGUUUUGGACCACUCUAGGGAAAGAAGCAUGGGGAAGAUUGUUCACAAAAGAGUGCGAGGUUCUAGAGCUAACCAUGGCUGUGCUACCGAUAAUUGGACUUUGUGAGUUGGGAAAUUGUCCACAAACAACAAGUUGUGGGAUUCUGAGAGGAAGCGCAAGGCCAGGGAUCGGUGCCGGGAUCAACUUUUAUUCAUUCUACUUGGUGGGUGCGCCACUGGCCGUAGUUUUAGCCUUUGUUUGGAAGCUAGGGUUUGUGGGUCUUUGUUAUGGGCUUUUGGCUGCUCAAAUUGCAUGUGCUGUCUCCAUCUUAGCAGUGGUGUUCAACACGGAUUGGAAGGGAGAGUGCUUGAAAGCCCAAAACUUGGUCGGAAAGGGUAAUGAUGCGUUUGGGUCGACGGCUGACCAACCAGUCAAAUGUGAAGACGGUCGUACUACUGAUUUUUGUUAAAGUUAUAUUAACUCGAGACAAUGACCGAUUUUGAAAGAUGGAAAACAGAUCAUCGAUCGACUUUGUGGCCACGGAACAGAGAUUAUAAAAUCAUUCGAAUUUAAC